CCGCGCCCGACCGCCGCCCGACCGCCAGCGCCCGGCCCCGUCGCGCCCGCGGAACAGACCAGGCAGAUCGGGGCGGUGCCGAGAAAAAUUUCCUUACUAGAUGACAUUUCAUCGCAAUGUCCGAUCGUUUGGGGCAAAUAACCAAGGGCAAGGAUGGGAAAAGCAAGUAUUCGACGCUCAGCCUGUUUGAUAAGUAUAAAGGAAAAUCAGUAGACGCAAUCAGAUCCUCAGUAAUUCCUAGACAUGGCUUACAGAGUCUCGGGAAAGUUGCCACAGCCCGGCGUAUGCCACCGCCUGCAAACCUGCCGAGCUUGAAGUCUGAAAACAAAGGAAACGACCCCAACAUCGUUAUCGUACCCAAGGACGGGACGGGAUGGGCAAACAAGCAGGACCAGCAAGACCCAAAGAGUUCCAGUGCGACGGCCUCUCAGCCGCCGGAGUCGCAGCCGCAGCCGGGUUUGCAGAAAUCUGUCUCCAAUUUACAGAAACCGACUCAGCCAGUCAGUCAGGAGAACACAAAUACAGUGCCAGGUGGACCAAAGUCAUGGGCACAGCUGAAUGGAAAGCCAGCAGGACACGAAGGUGGUUUAAGGGGCUCAAGCCGACUCUUAUCCUUCUCUCCCGAGGAAUUUCCGACGCUGAAAGCAGCUGGCGGGCAGGACAAGGCUGGCAAAGAAAAGGGCGCCUUAGAUCUGUCGUAUGGGCCAGGACCAAGCCUCCGCCCUCAGAAUGUGACAAGCUGGAGGGAGGGCGGUGGGCGAAACAUAAUUUCUGCCACGUCUCUGAGCGCCUCCCCCACUGAGCUGGGCAGCAGGAACUCGAGCGCGGGAGACGGAGCCCCCUCCUCGGCAGGCGCCAGCGAUGCUAAGGACCCCUCUCUCCGCCCGGCUCAGCCUGUUCGCAAAGGGGCUUCGCAGUUCCUGGGGAACGCAUACCACCCACCUACAUACCAUGACAUGCUUCCUGCCUUUAUGUGUUCGCCACAGUCAUCCGAGAACCAGGGUACAGCGGAACGAGCGUCUUUCCCGCCUCCGCCGCUCCGCCUGGAGCCCCGCGUUCCUUUCCGGCAGUUCCAGAUGAAUGACCAGGACGGAAAAGACAGCCGGCUGGGCAUGCCCCGCCCGCCCCGCCCGCUCAGGCAGCUGGUGGAGCGGGCGCCACGGCCCACCAUCAUCAACGCGGAGAACCUCAAGGGCCUGGAUGACCUGGACACCGAUGCCGACGAUGGCUGGGCAGGCCUCCAUGAGGAAGUGGACUAUUCUGAGAAGUUGAAGUUCAGUGAUGAUGAAGAGGAGGAGGACACGGUGAAGGAUGGCCGGCCACAGUGGAGCAGCUGGGACCCGAGGAGGCAGCGGGGGCUGUCAAUGAGCUCCGCGGACAGUGCUGAUGCCAAGCGUGCCCACGAGGAAGGAAAGGACUGGGGCGAGACGGUGGGAGUGGCUCGUGUCGUCCGGAAGGUGCCAGAACCUCAGCCCCCUCCGAGGAAGCUUCACAGCUGGGCCUCGGGCCCUGACUACCAGAAGGCCUCCGUGGGCAGCGUGUUCCGGCAGCAGUCGGUCGAGGACAAAGAGGACAAGCCGCCCCCACGGCAGAAGUUCAUCCAGUCGGAGAUGUCCGAGGCCGUGGAGCGCGCCCGGAGGCGGCGGGAGGAGGAGGAGCGCCGGACCCGGGAGGAGCGGCUGGCUGCCUGCGCCGCCAAACUCAAGCAGCUGGACCAGAAGUGCAAGCAGGCCCAGAAGGCCAGCGAGGCGCAGCGGCCGCUGGAGCGGGACGCGCCCCGGUCUCCGGGCCCCGAGAAGGCGCCGCCGCAGGAGAACGGCCCCGCCGUCUGCAAAGGCCCCGGGGGAGGCGCAGCUGCUGUCCUCAUUGUGCAGAUGGAGGACCAGGCUGCCCACCAGGUCACACAGCUUUUGGACUGCUCCCCCGAGUUCUCUGCCCAAGAAGCCCCCAGCACGUUCUCAGAAGAGGCCCCCACAGCUCCUGCGUCUGUGGCUCAGAGCGGCAGCAGUGAGGAGGGGCCCGGGGAGGCUGGGUCCCCUGCGCAGGAGUUCAGCAAGUACCAGAAGUCCCUUCCUCCCAGGUUCCAGCGCCAGCAGCAGCAGCAGCAGCAGCAGCAGCAGGAGCAGCUGUACAAGAUGCAGCACUGGCCGCAGGUGUACCCGCCGCCCUCGCACCCGCAGCGCACCUUCUACGCGCACCACCCUCAGAUGCUGGGCUUCGACCCCAGGUGGAUGAUGAUGCCUUCCUACAUGGACCCUCGGAUCCCGCCCACUCGCACCCCAGUGGAUUUCUACCCCUCGGCUCUGCACCCCUCGGGACUGAUGAAGCCCAUGGUGCCCCCAGACUCCGUCAGUGGGACUAGCUGUCGCUCUGAGGAUCAGAGCCGUGUCCCCCAACUGCAGGAAAGAAAAGUGACCGCCGUCGACCCAGCCCCUGUGUGGAGCCCUGAGGGCUACAUGGCAUUGCAGAGCAAGAGCUACUCGCUGCCUCCCCCAAAACCCAGCGACACUUUGGCCAUGGACAUGCACGUCAGGAAUGAAAACGCUUACUCUGCCUCACCCGGAAGGUCAGGGGGCGUAGGUGCCCCGCGCGCUCCCCUUGAGGAGAGAGUGGAGGAGUACUUGAGUGCUUUUGACAAGAAGGCCCAAGCAGACUUUGACAGCUGUGUCUCUUCCCAAAGAAGAGGCCAGGAGCUUUUGUUUCCACCCCAAGACAGUGUGCAGGACGCAGGCGCUCCUCGGGGCCACACCCCAAACCUCCGGUGUUCCCCACGGGAGCCCGAUUUUGCCCUGGCUGAGAACAAGCCAGACUAUAGCAACUGGGACGUUAGCCCCCAGCCCAAGGCCGACACAGCCAACGGUGUGGACAAGGAGGCGCCCCGGGAGGAGCCGCCCUUCAGUGCCUCCUCCUGGGAGAAGGAAGGGAGCCCCCACAAACAGCCGUCCCUGGAGCCCGAGUGGACCCCCGAGCCCCGGGGCCCCGGCAGCCAGCAGCAGGAGCAGACCAGCAGGACCCGGCGGUCGGGGCCCAUCAAGAAGCCGGUGCUGAAGGCGCUCAAGGUGGAAGACAAGGAGAAGGAGCUGGAGAAGAGCAGGCCGGAGCCCGGGGAGGAGAGCGCCUGCCCGCCCCCGGAGGAGGCGCCGCGUCACCAGGACGAGGACGAGGACCAGGAGAACGACCCCACGCUGGCCAACGCUGCCCCGUCCGCCUCGGAGGCCCCGGGCGCGGCCCGAGAUGGCGCGGGCCGCUCUGCCAGCAAGCCUGAGGAGGACGAGCAGCCCGACAGAGCCUGGGAGCCCAGGCCGUCCCGGGAGCCCAGCGACACGCCCCUGACCAAGAGGAGCAACUGGAUCUUCAUCGACGAGGAGCAAGCCUUUGGGGGCCGAGGGCAGGCCCGGAGCCGCGGCCGCGGGUUCCGAGAAUUCACUUUCCGUGGCCGGCCUGCGGGCGGCGGCCCCGGCAUCGGGGGCGGGGGGGUCCUCGGGGCGCGGGGCAUCUACACCCACAGCCAGAGGGGCGGCCGCGGCCGGGGCCUGCGCGAGUUCGGGCCGCCCGAGGACUUCCCCCGCGCCAAGCCCCGGCGCCGCAUCGCCAGCGAGACCCACAGCGAGGGCUCCGAGUACGAGGAGCUGCCCAAGCGGCGGCGGCAGAGAGGCUCGGACGGCGGCCACGAAGGCUCGCUCCUGGACAGGGAGGAGGCCGCCUCCAGGAGAGGCGACUUCAGGGACUCGUGGCGGUCCCACAGGAUGUACCCCGACGACCACAGCGGCCUGGAGGCCAAGAGCCGAGGCCCGCGGGCCUUCGGGCGCGCCCUCCCUCCCCGGCUGAGCCACUGCGGCUACGGGCGGAGGACCUUCGUGUCCAGGGAGGCCGCCCACUGGCAGAGCCGCAGUGCCGGCGCCUGCUGGCCGGACCACGGCUCCCCCGACACCGGCCCGCGGCGGCCCCCCGACAGAGACUGCGUCCCAGAGGCCUCCCGGCACCCCGAGGCCCUGGGCGCCAGGGGCUGCGAGGACGGCCGCCUGGAGGACAAGAGGCCCUUCUUCCCGGACGACCACGCGGCCGACGCCGAGAGCGGGGAGAACCGGCCCUUCCGGAGGAGGCGCCCCCCGCGCCAGGACAAGCCCCCGCGCUUCCGGCGCCUCCGGCAGGAGCGCGAGUCCCUGGGGGUGUGGGGGCCGGAGGAGGAGCCCCACCUGCUGGCGGGCCAGUGGCCAGCCAGGUCCCAGCUCUGCCCCGGGGACAGGAGCGGCGCCGUGGGCCGCAGGUCCCCCGAGCUCUCCUGCCAGAACUCCUCGGACCACGCCAACGAGGAGUGGGAGACGGCCUCCGAGAGCAGCGACUUCAGCGAGCGGCGCGAGCGGCGGGCCGGCUCCGGGCCCGAGCCCGGCUCCCACGCGGACGGCAGCCUGCCCGGGGCCAGCCUGGGGGAGAAGAAGGAGUUGGCCAAGCGGAGCUUCUCCAGCCAGAGGCCCCUGGUGGACCGGCAGAGCCGGAAGCUGGAGCUGGGAGGGUUUGGGGAGAAGGCUGUUAGGCCAGGCGGUGGUGACACCUCUCCCCAUUAUGAGAGCCAGCAGAGUGGGACGCCUUUGAAAGCCAAAAGGACCCCGGACGAGGCCUUGCCAGGAGGCCACAGCAGUCACUACACCCUGGAGCGGGCUGCCCAUGCCACCUCUGGCGUCCCCGAGGCCGCCUGUGAGAAGGCAGAGGAGGCCACCCUGGCUGCUCAGAGGGUGGGCGAGCAGGGAGAGGCCAUGAAGCAGUUUGACCUGAACUACGGAAAUUCCAUCCUCGAGAAUUGUGGGACCAGCCCCGGGGAGGAGACGGAGGUGGGCUCUAUGGUGGGUGAAGGCUUCAUCGAGAUCCUGACCAAGAAGCAGCGCCGCCUGCUGGAGGAGGAGAGGAGGAAGAAGGAGCAAGCUGCGCAGGUGCCUGUCAAAGGUCGGGGCCUUGCCUCCCGUAUUCCUCCUCGGUUUGCAAAAAAGCAGAACAACUUGGGCCUGGAGCAAGGCGAUGUGCCCGUGCCGGGCAGCAGCCUGGGCACCGAGAUCUGGGAGAGCAGUGGCCAGGCCCUGCCCGUUCAGGCCUCAACCAGCGACUCCUGGACCAAAGCCGCCUCGGCCUUCAACAGCUCCGAGCCCGGCUCCGCCGAGCAGGGCUUUAAGAGCAGCCAGGGAGACAGUGGUGUGGACUUGAGCGCCGAGUCUCGAGAGUCGUCGGCGACCUCGUCGCAGCGCAGCUCGCCCUAUGGCACUCUGAAACCAGAGGAGAUGAGCGGGUCCAACCUGGAGCCCAAGGCUGACGGCCAGAAGGAGCCGGCUCAGAAGCAACCCGAGCAGAAGGAUUCGGAACAAGGCUCAGCGCAGAGCAAGGAGCACAGACCAGGACCCAUCGGUAACGAGCGCUCCCUGAGGAACAGAAAGGGCUCCGAGGCGGCCGAGCGCCUGCCCGGCGCCGCCGUCCCACCGGUCAACGGGGUGGAGAUUCACGUGGACUCUGUGCUCCCGGUGCCACCCAUCGAAUUUGGAGUCAGUCCAAAAGACUCCGACUUCAGCUUGCCGCCUGGGUCUGCCCCUGGCCCCGCGGGGAAUCCAGUGGUCAAGCUCCAGGACGCCCUGGCUAGUAACGCCGGGCUGACACAGAGUGUUCCCAUCCUGCGGCGAGAUCAUCACAUCCAGAGAGCCAUCGGCCUCUCCCAGAUGUCCUUCCCCACGGCCGACCUCACUCUGAAGAUGGAGUCUGCGCGGAAGGCUUGGGAAAACUCGCCCAGCUUGCCGGAGCAGAGCUCUCCGGGAGGCCCUGGCUCGGGCAUCCAGCCCCCGUCCUCUGUGGGAGCCUCCGGUGGGGCCAACUACAGCUCCUUCGGCGGCGUCUCCAUGCCGCCCAUGCCCGUGGCCUCCGUAGCGCCUUCUCUCCCAGGCAGCCACCUGCCGCCUCUCUACCUGGAUGGGCACGUGUUUGCCAGUCAGCCCCGGCUGGUUCCCCAGACCAUCCCGCAGCAGACUUACCAGCAGGCUGCCGCUGCCCAGCAGAUCCCCAUUUCCCUUCACACGUCUCUGCAGGCGUCAGCCCAGCUGGGGCUGCGGGGCGGGCUCCCCGUCUCCCAGUCACAGGAGAUCUUCAGCUCCUUGCAGCCCUUCAGGUCGCAGGUGUACAUGCACCCCAGCCUGUCCCCACCCAGCACCAUGAUCCUCUCUGGAGGCACCGCCCUGAAGCCUCCGUACUCGGCAUUCCCCGGCAUGCAGCCCUUGGAGCUCGUGAAGCCCCCGUCGGGCUCCCCCUAUCAGCCCAUGAGCGGAAGCCAAGCCCUGGUCUACGAGGGCCAGCUCAGCCAGGCGGCCGGGCUGGGCGCCUCCCAGAUGCUGGACUCCCAGCUCCCCCAGCUGACGAUGCCACUGCCCGGCUCCCAGCUGCCUCUGCCGCGCUACGGCUCCGGACAGCAGCCCCUGCUCCUGCCCCAGUCCAUCCAGCUGCCACAGGGGCAGAGCCUCUCGGUGGGGGCCCCUCGCAGAAUUCUUCCGCCCGGGUCCCAGCCUUCGGUCCUUAACACCAGCAGAGAGUCCUCUCAGAUGGAGAUGAAGGGCUUCCACUUUGCCGACAGUAAACCGAAUGUUCCUUCAGGAGGCUCCGGGCAGUCACCACAGACCUACAGGCCUAGCUCUGCUAGCCCCAGUGGGAAGCCCUCUGGAUCAGCAGUUAACAUGGGCUCUGUGCAGGGACACUACGCUCACCAGGCCAAGCCACGAGUGGAUGAGAAGCCCGGCCUGGGAGCCGUGACCCUGCAGGAGGCCCCCUUGGCCGCCUCCCAGAUGAAGCGCACAGGAGCCAUCAAGCCUCGGGCGGUGAAAGUGGAGGAGAGCAAGGCCUGAGGCGCUGGCCUGGCCGCCUCACCGUGGGCAGAGCCGCCACUCCGUCAACCGCCUGGCCGGCCGGCAGAGAGAGAUCCUCUCCACUCCUGACAGCUCCGACGUCCAACCAGCUUGCACCGUGGAUUGUGGCAUUGACCUGCUUGCUUUCAUCCGAAUCGGCAACAGCCCUUCCCGUCUCCUUCCCGCGCCCCGGGGCGGCCCUGAGGAUGCGGCGCGGGCAGCUCCUCGUCCGGCGCUCAGUGCUGCCCCGCCCCGUCCCGCACGGUGGUGCGGCAGCAGGUCCUUUCCUUUGAAGCUUUUUGUUUUAAAAAGCAGCUAAAGCAGCCAAGGUUUUUACAGAGAAAGGAAAACAAAACACAAGCGAUGUCUGUGUAGCUGAACUUUUACAUGCUCUUCGCCAGCUCCCCGACCCCGUGUCCGGUAGUGUCUUCCCCUCCUGUUCAGUUUGAUGCAUCGCCGUGAGACGCCCUCCUGCUCUUCGUUGGUUAGCCUCUGCGGCCACACGAGGCACCGCACGAGCACCCCGGUGUCCGGCUGCACUCCGAAGCCCACGGGCAGCCCGUGAGCUGGGGUUUGCCCGUGAGCUGGGGUUUACGGAAGGGUUUCUGUCCCGGAGUCUAGAGCCAGGGACGUGCUGGCCGCUGGCCCUGCGGUGAAGCGCGGACACAGUCACUGGUGUAUCCCGAGUUGGCCUGACGUGUGAGCAGGCAGCACCACGGCCCCACCCACCUCCCGCGUCUGCUCGAGGGCUCCGGCACCAAGGGCUGCUGUUUCACUCAUGCCCUUUCCAAAAGCCUCCACCUUCCUGCACCUUUUUCCCGGACUCCCCCCCCCCCCCCCCCCCCCCCCCCACGCUGGGGCCUGCUGCAGGGCUUCCUGCUCCUCCCCUCCUAGCAGCAAGCCCAGGUGGUGGGACAGGGCGCCUGAGCUGAGCAGUGAGGUCAGCCUUUCCAGCUGCCAGCAGGUCCAAGGGGGAGGCUGUGUUGCAGGGCUGGCCGUGGUUCUGAACCGGCCUGGGCAGCCACCCAAGUCUGCAGAGCUGCCUCCAGCAAAAUGCUCGCGUGAGCCAUUUCACACUGCGUUUUGUUGUUUUUUAAGAACUAGAGUCGCCCCAGAUUCUGUCAUUCCGAGGAAAGGGAGGGGAAGGCUAGAGUUUUGUACAGGCCCUUCGAGGAACUAAGCAGCACCUACAGAGAGGGCGCUUGCCACUGGUCCCAGGGGACCUGGCUCAGCCCGUGUCCCUGUAGGUGUGUGCCGGCUGCUCAGGCUGCUUCUCAGCUCUGUCCAGGGUAGGACACGGGAGAGAGGGCCCUUGGGCUGCUGGAGCAGCUUGUGCUGUGAUGACAGAUUUAAGGACGGGAUACCGCCUGGCAGAGCUCCCGUCUCACGACCUGGAGGCCAGUCUCCUGGGAAGAGCUUUACUGCUCACUUGGUCGCUUUCUGCACCCCCUCGCCUCCAUCCUUGGACCUCACUGUUCACUGGCUUCUCUUCCCUUCAUCUCCUGAAUCUUUACUCUGGAGUCCUGUCCUCACUCUCCUGCCCCAUGUGCUCAUCUGCUCUGCCCCCACCCCCACCCCCCCACGAGAGCUGCUGUCUGCCCCACUCCCCGCUGCCCCCAUCGCCCACUGCCCUGCAGGAGCCACACGCUCGCUGCCUGAACACCUGGGAACCCGACCAGACCCUCCCACCUGAUUCGGGGGUCCGCUGCUUGUCUAAAGCAAAAAAGGUUUUCUCAUUGUGAGACUCCACAGAACAGUCCUGGAUGCUGUUACAAACUCAAGGUGUGCCCUCCUGGUGAUCCUGACAGAGCGACAGUGCUUGUUUGAGGAAAAAUAAAAACACGGGGUCACCUGCUCUCCAGCCCUUUUCUCUGCCCUGUAUUUUCUACUCCCCGCCCCACCCCAAUAAAACAGAAAACACUAGAAUUUAUUUAUAUGUAUUGUUGUAGGUCUAGGUAAAGGAAGGAAAUGUCCCACUGCGCUAUUUAUAGAUGCGUCUGACUGACCUGUACAGGAAGGCCAGGAGCUGCAUGUGACCCUCAGUGCUUUCUCCGCCUCGUGUGCCCAGCUGCGGGCGCUUCCCCCCGAGACAUUUCCAGCUGGACUCGGGCAGAGGGUAGGCCCGGGCCUGUUGGCACCCCAUCCCUUCCUUGGUCUGAUUAAAUGCAGUCUUUACUGCAGAGAUGUUUUAA